AUGUUCUUUUUUCUCUUCUUUUCUGCUUAUAUCUUUUGAAUCAUUCCUUUCUGCGUCCUAUCCCCUUUUUUACUGUCCUACCUUCAUUUUGUCUUUCAUUCCCAACUUAAAUGGCAUUACUCUUCACCCUCGUGUUCAGACACAUAUUUUGUUUCCUUCUUUGCCUAUGCCACUGCAUACUGCUUUUCUUCCUGCGAUCCCAUGUGUUCUUCCUCUUGCCCCAUCUUGUGACCCUUCUUUCAGUUUUCUUUCCCUCCGUGUGUCCCUCCUUCCUCUUUUUACUCCUCCUUCCUUCCAUCUUUGUGUCUUUCCUUCUUUCUUUCCUGUCCCUCCUUCAUUUUGCCAUGAAUUAUUUCCCUCCUCUCCCAGUUUAUGCCCUUACUUUGUUCCUUUUAUUAUUCCUUUCUUCCAGUUUCUGGAUCUUGCAGGUGUUUUUUUUUUUAAUUAUUGUAUUCUCUAUUGGAUUCUAUUGGACCGAAAGAUAGUGUGAAAGCACCGUGAGUUUAGGAUGUGUCUUAUCCGGAGGACAACGAAGGAUCGGGGGGAGAAUGAAACUUUUUAAGAGAAAAAAAUGGUAUUGAGAGUGUUUUUGUCACAUUAACAGUAAUGAUUUUCCCUCUGCUAUCUGGAUUGAGGUCAAAGAAGACACAGCAAAGCCAAAGUACUUAUGCCAGUAUUAAAGUAUUAACAGGAAGCAGAAAAAAAAUUGCUGUUGAAAUUAAACCUCUUUUUUUGUUUUUAAUUGAAUAUUGUGUUGAUUGUGAUUUUUAGGAUUUAUGUGGUAUGUAAAUAUUUCCACUAGAGUUGUUUUUACCUGAAGAACGAGGGUAAACGAUACAAAGUGGUCUUAAAUCCCGAAACCAAUGUUCUCUGAUGGUGCCUGGGAGAAUCCUGUCAUCUGAUUGGUUAGAGGUGGAUUAGUAUGAGGGGCUACUGUAUAGUUGCGUGACAUAUGAGGAGCUAGGGAGGAAGGGAGGAGAAUUUUUUUUUUUCACUUUGUCACUUUGGGAUGUACUGUUGAUGAGGUGAGGUCUCGUCUCGUUAAACAUUCAGGGUUUAUUUACUGUGAUAGCAUUUUCAUUGUUUAAGAGUAAUUUUUUGUAACCUGUUAAUCAUCCUGUUUUAUUUUAAUAUAUAUCUUCAAAUUAUGAUUUACAUUGUUAAACUUAAUGUCUUAAUAAAAUAUCAAUAUUUGUUUGAGGGACAUUUGAUGAUUUUAAAUUAAAAGGGUCAUCAUUUAAACUUUGGUGGUUUGUUUAGUUGAAAAGUAACAGCCUUAAAAUUCUCUCUUGUUUUUGGACGACUUUCUGCUUAUUCUGUCUUACUGUCCCUGUCUCCAUUGUAGAUAAGCUGUGAAGGCUGUGAGCAGACAGCUGGUGGGCUGAGGCUUAGAGAGCGGCUGGCACCACAAACACACAGAUUUUCAGGCUGGCUCCUUGAACUUGUGCAUUUGGGGGUUUUUUGUUUGUUUUUGUUUUCUCUGGCGGUAGAGAGAAAUAUGUCUUGGUGAGAAAACUGGCGCUGUUCAUGUGCAGUAGCUCAGUUUACGUAAGGGUGGAGCUAGUCAUGGAAACCCCUGCGUUGCUGGAAUGUUUUGCUUGCUCAAGGCGAAAACAAGGUAGGCCACGCCCUUUUCGCCUUAUCACACCUUUCCGGCAGAUCCGCUGUCACCCUGAGACAGCGCCACGCCAAAGGCAAUUCCCUCGCAUCAACGGACACUCUAAAUCCGAGCGUACAGCGAGGGACUCGGCCAUGGGUUACGACAGUGCCUCAGUAAUGAGCAGCGAGUUGGACUCCAGCUCCUUUGUAGACAGCGAAGAGGAUGAGGAUGCCAGCAGGCUCAGUAGCUCCACAGAACAAAGUUCUUCUUCACAGCUCAUGCGCAGACACAAGCGACGCAGACGGAGGCACAAAAUGGCCAAGAUAGACCGGUCUUCAUCCUUCAGCAGUAUCACAGACUCCACUAUGAGCCUCAAUAUCAUCACUGUUACACUCAACAUGGAAAAAUACAACUUUCUGGGCAUCAGUAUUGUAGGUCAAAGCAAUGACAGGGGAGAUGGAGGCAUUUACAUUGGCUCCAUCAUGAAGGGAGGAGCUGUAGCUGCUGACGGCAGAAUAGAACCAGGAGACAUGCUUCUGCAGGUAAAUGAUGUGAAUUUUGAGAACAUGAGCAACGAUGAUGCUGUGAGGAUCCUGAGAGAGAUAGUUUCUAAAACGGGCCCCAUUAGUCUUACUGUUGCCAAGUGCUGGGAUCCAUCUCCAAGAAGUUACUUCACUAUCCCACGUGCGGAGCCAGUAAGACCCAUUGACCCUGCAGCCUGGAUUUCUCACACCACAGCCUUGACUGGACCAUAUCCACAUUAUGAAUUCGAUGACCUGCCUCUGUCUGUUGGUAAAACAGACAUGGCAACCAUUGUAAAGGUGAUGCAGCUUCCUGACUCAGGCCUGGAGAUACGGGACAGGAUGUGGCUGAAGAUCACCAUUGCGAAUGCAGUCAUAGGUGCUGAUGUGGUGGACUGGCUUUACUCCAGAGUAGAAGGCUUUAAGGAUCGACGAGACGCAAGGAAAUAUGCCAGCAGUCUACUGAAACAUGGCUACCUGAGACACACGGUCAACAAAAUCACCUUCUCUGAACAGUGCUACUACACAUUUGGGGAUCUCUGCCAAAACAUGGCCUCUCUAAAUUUGAAUGAGGGAUCCAGUGGUGGGGGUUCGGAGCAGGACACUUUAGCACCUCUACCUCCCACCACCAACCCUUGGCCUCUGGGAGGGCAGCCAUUCCCAUACCCGCCUUUUCCAUCUGCGCCCCCCUGCUUCCCACCGGGAUACUCCGACCCGUGCCACAGUUUCCACAGCGGGAGCGCCGGCAGCCAGCACAGUGAGGGAAGCCGAAGCAGUGGAUCGAACCCCAGCGCAGGCAAAGACAGACACUCCCCACAGGAGAAGGUUCAGAAGCCAACAGGCCGCGAAUCUGAGUCGGGCUUCCGUGGAGGGAAGCGAGGGGACAGGUCCAUCAGCCAGAUGAGCCAUCACAGCCAUGCUAGGUCCAGCCUCAGUCACAGCCACUCACACAGGAGCCACUCGCUGCCCCAGAGCAACCACCCCUCCUUCAGCUACAGCCACACUCCCUUCACCCAGCCGGGGCCGGGCUCCUGCACGCAGAGCGAGAGAAGCCAUGCCUCCUCCUAUGGCCCCCCAGGCUUGCCUCCUCCGUAUUGUCUAGCUCGACUUGCCCCCAAAACCUCAGUGAGCAGUAGCACACCCCCUGGAGCCCCUCCCGGGAGGGAGCUGGCGACUGUUCCUCCUGAGCUCACCGCCAGCCGGCAGUCGUUUCAGCACGCCAUGGGCAACCCUUGUGAGUUCUUUGUGGACAUCAUGUGACAGAACAGUGCCUUUGAAAACAAAGUGAGCACAAAACAAUCCUGCUAGAACUCACUUGCAUCUUUUUCUUCUUUCUCCUCAGUCUUUUGAGCACCCCCUAAGUUCAGAAUGUAGAUACUACCUGGCCCCCCUGUAGCCCUCUGCUCUACCUACGAUGUCCACAGAAAGGAAUACAGGCUGCUUUAGCACAAAGGAAGGAUUCCUCUCAAUCACAAGCACAGGUGCUCCACCUGAAAGCCCCUUUUUUUUACAGACAUGUACAGUUUGUGAAACGUGAGUGCUGUUUGGUGUGGUGAUGUCUUUGAAGCUGCCAUGCAGACAUUCUCGGGUACAUCGUGGAUAUAAUCUGUUCAGCAACACCUUUAACUAGGCUGGAACUGGAUAUCAAUCCCCCAGACCCAGACUGAAAACUCUUGUCAAAACUCCUAGGCCCCUUUCUCCACCGGUUCUGGGGCUUUGUCUAAGCUCUUAGUGCCAACACUAACCCUGAUCUGUGGAUUCUUCAGCUUCAGGAGGAAAACCCCAUCGCCUGCUGCCAGUUUUAGCGAGGCUGCACAGUGCAUGUCUGAACUGCUUUAAAGAAAUUUUAUAAUUUAAUUUGUUUAAAGUAUUAACUAAACCAGAAGAAGGAGGCUCCCUCUCGCCAAUGUUCUAAAGGAUAAAUCCAUACACUGGAUGAUUUUGUGAUGUUAUUUAUGUGGUCUUGUUGCGUCUAUGAUGUUGUCGCAGUUUGUCUCCUCCGGCUCCCUGACAGACAAUCAGACGUCAUCAUUUGUGUGUCAGAGACCAGUUCCUGCUCUCUCAGCUGUUCACUGUCAAAAAUGCAGUGGAUGUAAAAACUCAACACCCCUCUGGUAAAUGACAGGGUUUUGAUUAAUACAGUUUUUAUAACGUUUUCUUCCUUUAUUUAAAAUAUUUCCUCUUUAUUAUUCAAAGGUAAAACAAAUAUGUUAAAAUGGGGAAAUAUACACAUGAAAAUGUCUUAAGAAUAACAGCCUGGCUGCAUAAGUGUGCACAACACCUGUAAUCAAUUUCCGCUUUGCCUGUAGGAUUUUUCUCACAAAUUUCCAUCCUUUGGCUAACAGAGCAGCUUAAGGAGUGAAUAAAAAAAGUUAAAAAAAAUUAUAUCCGGGCAUAAAGAAAUUAGUUAGGAGAGGAGUACCAAAAAUUAUAAAAUUAUGUUUACUAGCACAAUAAAGAGUUUGUAAAGUUGGUAGUAGUUGGAGAAUUUAUGGAACAUUUAUGGAGCUUUUCUAGGUGCAACAAUAAUGUCCUGUUUUUGAAUGUCUGAUCUAAGAAGAACUGAAAGACAGAAGCCUUUUCUCAAAGACACAUCAAAACAAUUAGUGAAUCUACCCAACAUUUGUUAGAUUAAAUCAAAUUAACUUUAGCCACAAUCUGUAGAUCUAAGUGGUGGUGAAAAACACAACUGUACACCAAAAACCAUUUACAGCACAAUACAUUAGUCAAUUGGAUCCAAAAACUUUAGGUUUCUGUUUUGCAAAAGCUGAACGAAGAUUUCGUUUUUUUGUCUGUUCUGAGUUCAAGCAUACAUCAAAGUCAGAAAUUAGUUUUAAUUUGGAAUGGCUGGGCCAAAAAAAUGUAACAGGGAGGUGGGCGUCAUCUGAAGAAAGCUAUGAAGAAGAAAUGUCCUCAGAAUUAGAGAGAUUUGGAGAACUUUUUCUAAUAUAAUAUUCACUACUACCAAAGAAGAUCAAACCCUAAAAGAUGCAUUAGCAAAGUAUUGGUUUCAGGGUGUGCACACUUAUGCAGGUUGUUGAGCCUUUUAGCUUGAAGUGUUAAGGAAGUAAGUUAUAUUUAAGAUGGAAAACAUUUGGUAGUUGUUGAUCAUAUUUUUUCUCUAAAUAACUGAAACCUGGCUCUUUGCCAGGGGUGUGUAGACUUUAUAUCAAGUACCUCUAUUCCCAUCAGGUUAGCUGAGUAGCUGAGCUGAUAACACUUUGAUUUGCACAAAGAACAUUAGCAAACAUGUAAGCACAACUAUCAGACUUAAUGUGUCAAACCGGCUGUGAGAACAUCGUGAUAAUUCAGUGGGAAGGAAGCCAAGACCUCAUUUGUCAUGGAUCUUUACCCAUGAUGUCGGAGCUCUUUAUAUUGCCCUUUCAUGUUUUCUGUUUUUUGUUUUUGUUUGUUUGUGAUUGUCAUCCGUUUUUUGUUUUUUUUUCUCAUUUCACGUGAGGUUAAAUUAUCUUCAAGGGGAAUCCUGUCCAACAGCACAACCUUCCCCUUGCAAAACGACAGCAAACCCCUGUUGUAACUAUUUAAGGAAUAACUACAACAGGGAAAUAACACUCUAGUUUUAUGAGCACUUUCCCAUUUUGUCUUUCCCUUUAAGUAUGAAACACUGUUUUCAAUCAAAGCUUUCUCUUUAAUUUUGUUUCAUUACAAAAGAAUAAAAUGUACAUAGAAAUUUAUUAUAUAUAAGAAUUAAAAAUAUAUCUGUUCCAACAGUUUGUCUUUAUUGGUGGACGCUGUGUCUUUUAAUGUUCUGCCCAUAAAAAGCAAAUCACUGGAAAUCUCAUCACCAAUAACCCUUCGCCUUCAGGAUUGUUCAUGUCCCAACCAAUUGGUCUAAGAUUAAAAAGAAACACAUUUUCACUGCUAGAACAGACCUUAUUCUUGUUUCCUAAAUGUAUCAAAACUAAAACUUCCAAAUCUGAAUGAGUUUAAAGCAAUUACAGAUGAAUACAUUUAGAGUGGGGCUUAGUAAAAAUACAAUAAAGACUAACUGCUAAAUAAAA